AUGCCAGGCCGACUUCAAGACCGCAUCGCCCUCAUCACAGGUGCCUCCUCAGGUCUCGGCCGCUCCAUCAGCCUCCUUUUCGCAUCCGAAGGUGCCAAGAUCUGCUGUGUAGACCUCUAUGACAGACCAAGGAAUGCCACUAAUGCCUCAACCCAAAAAUCCGACGACUUCAACAACCGCAUCGAAGGCGAAAGCACAAUCGAACAACUCCACCGCCUCCAUGGCGAGGACCGAGCGAUCUUCGUGAAGGCAGACGUAACGAAAGCUGAGGAUGUUGAAGCCGCCGUAGCAAAAUGCGUCUCUACCUACUCCCGCCUCGACAUUCUCCUCAACAACGCCGGCAUCUCCGUCGAAUCAACCCACCCCACCCCACACGGAAUUCACCAACUCUCCGAAUCAGACUGGGACCUGACCAUGUCCAUCAAUGUCAAGGGAGUUUUCUUAGGCUGUAAGUACGGCAUAACCCAGAUGUUGAAACAGGACUUGUUACCAGGAACGAAAAGUCGAGGGUGGGUAGUAAACACGGCGAGUGUACAGGGGUUGGUGGCGUAUUUCAAUACUCCGGCGUAUACAGCCUCGAAAGGGGCGGUGGUGCAAUUGACGAAGCAAGUGGCCCUGGACUAUGCACCGCAUAGAAUUCAUGUUAAUGCCAUUGCACCUGGGUUUCUCAGGACGAUCCAGGCGGAGAUUGAUAAGGCUCAUCCUUUUGGAGGUAUGGGGUCGACCGAAGACGUCGCUCGGGCUGCUUUGUUCCUGGCUAGCGAUGAUGUUGCUUGGAUUACUGGCGUCAGCCUCCCUGUUGAUGGAGGGUAUACGAUCAUGUAG